AUGGGGCCCCAGCAUGGCACAGGGCCAGACCCAUCCCCUCUUUGUCACUGGCCACCUACUGCGGGGGGAGGGGCUGGAGGAACCGGGGCACCUGCGUUUGGCCUGCAGGGAAUCUGGGUCCCGCUGGCUGUGGGUGACCGCAGAGGGCCACGCGGGCAGGGUGCAUCCGUGGGCCCCCCAGGCCAACCUCGUCAGGGUGCGAGGGGGAAGGGCCAGGAAGCCUUAGCCUGGACCAGGUAUGGUGGGAACAGUCCACACGGGAGGGGCCAGAACCGUCUAGAAGGCCCUGGCGUACAGGUCUGCUGCAGCAGAGCCAGGAGAGCACGGGGGUGCCCACAUCCAGGGCAGAGGCACCACGUGGUGCUGCAGCGGUCGGGGUCAGGCCUGAUUGGUGGCACUGAGGACCCUGCAGGCUUGGCCUGACCUCCGGGAGCUGGGCGUCCUCCACAUGGUCACAGCAAAGGCAGGGACCAGAGGGGGCCAGAGGUGGGGGGGCUGCACCCACCCUCUCCUUGCUGCUCCCCUCCCCCUUACCACCCCUUCCAGCGAUGUCCACGCAGAUGGGAGGGUUGUGAGAGGCGUCCACACCUGGACUGCAGUGGCUGCCCAGCUUCCUGCUAG